AUGUCCAACGAACCGUCUACAAGUGAAUCAAUUAUUACGUUGCCUGAUAUUAUUGUGAGUUAUUUGAAUAGGAUUAAAGACAAAUUCUGUUGCAGCUUGACGACGAAAAACCCUGCUCAUCUAGAUCUAAAAUACUACACCUCAAAAAAGACAAGAAUGUUCUCCCUGCAAAGUGCCAAAUCUGUCGGAAUCCGGCUGUCGUUUACCACUACGACGUGGCAUCUUGUAAUGGCUGCAAAGCGUUCUUUCGAAGGACUGUUAUUACUGGAAAGAUUAUAA